AUGGCUAUUAACUUAGAUAAAUAUAAACCCGAUCUUAUUGCUGCCUGGAAAGAGGUUUUAGACGAGAAAAGUGAGACCGAUUGGGCCCUAUUUGGUUAUGAUGGACUGUCAAAUGAUCUCAAAUUUAUCAGCAAAGGUGAUGGUGGUCUCACUGAAUUGGUGGAUGAGUUUAACAGUGGAAAGAUACAGUAUGCCUUCUUAAAGGUGGACAUUCCAAAUAGUAGCAUAUCUAAAUAUGUACUUAUCAACUGGCAGGGUGAAGGUGCUCCCACAGUAAGAAAAGGUACCUGCGCGAACCACGUCAAACAUGUAGCGCAACUCUUCACGGGUUUCCACACGACGAUGCACGCAAGAACAGAGGAUGACCUAGACGAGAAGAUCAUAUUGGAUAAGUUGGCAAAGGCUGGAUCAGCUUUCAACUUCAAAACUAGCAGGCAUGAAGAGUUGCCGCCUAGCGGGCCGAUCGGCACUACUUAUCACAAGGUUAAUCCAGUACAAGAAAUCAAUUCUAAAGAAAGGGACCAGUUCUGGUUAAAAGAAGAACAAGAGGAAAAGAAGAGAAUAGAGGCGGAGCGAAAGAGAAGAGAAGAGGAAAAGAGAAAAGCCGAGGAAGAAGGAAGAAAAAGAGACGAACGCGAAGCAGCGAAAAGAGAUAAAGCUGAACAAAACAUAUCGCAAGAGAAAGCACCCAGAUCUAGUGUAAGUGAACGGAGCGUUGAGGCUCGCGAACUAAUUGGUGCUUCGACGUCGGCUGCGAGAAAGAUGUUCCAACAGAAUCUGGCGCAAGGGCAGAUUUAUAAUAGAUCUCCAUCAAAUAUACCAGAGAAACCAGUACGAAGUUCAGUUAUCGCGCAACGCAUCAAUGCGUUCUCGCAAAAUACGUCACAGCCCUCAUCACCCAUUCACGCACCUAAAUCACCGACCAUAGAGAAACCAGCAGAACCGAACAACGUCACCACCGAGCUACCUCCUAUCCCGCCGACCACAGAUAAGACGAUAGACAAACCGGAAUCGCAAAAGUUACAAGAAGAUACAACUGAGCAAGCGAAGACGAGCCCCCUCAAAAACAUAGAUAAGAUAAAGAUGAGCUUGGAGACGCCGUCACAGAUACAAUAUGAGCCAAUAAUAGAUCCAACCGUGGAUUUGAGCCCGAGCACAGAGAACGAACCGAGUUCGUUUAGCGCGGUCAAUUACACAGAGUACCAGGAUUUCAGAGAUUUGAAGCAAUGUGAGCCGAUGAUAAAGCAGAAUAUUCUAGAGAACGAUAUAUUUGACGCGUCCUACUCGAGUUCGAAUGAGAACGAUGACGAUGAUUCAGAUAAUAAGUUCAGUACGAUUAAACGGUCCCCGUAUAGCAAGAAUAAUGAUGCAGAAUUGAGUAGACAGAAUACGGUUAUCGAGAAUGUGAAUUAUAAGAAGGAAAAUGGGGCAACGCAUGAAGAUAUAUCUCCGGAAGGUAAUGACGAGAAUUCAAUAUAUGAAGACCUGGACGAUGAUCCUGGGCUAACUGCGAGGGCACUGUACGAUUAUCAAGCUGCGGACGAUACAGAGAUUACGUUCGAUCCGGGUGAUAUAAUCACUCACAUAGAGCAGAUAGACGCCGGCUGGUGGCAGGGGCUCGGCCCCCACGGGGUCUUCGGUCUGUUCCCUGCGAAUUAUGUAGAACUCCUACCUUGUGAUCCACGCUAG